GUGGACGUGCGCUCCCCCAAAGGGGAGGCGGUGGAUUUGUUCUUUCACGCGACGUUCGCGCUGAUCUUCGCAAUCUACAUCCUGAUGCUGUUCGUGGCCUACUGCACCGCGAGAUCGGGCACCCCAGAAGGCCUGUACCGCAUAGCGCAGACCAUGGUGAUGAUGUACUAUUUCUUCAUCUGGACGCCUGCCAUGGUGGACGAGACCCCGAAGUUCGACGAGAUGGUCGACAGCAUA